AUGCCUAUGACGAAGAAGAGGAAGGAGGGGGCGGUGGUGCCGCCCGAGACCAACCCACCUACUCCGUCAGAGUCUCCCUCCAUGGAGAAGGGUAGCAUUGGUGCUCAUGUCUCUCUGGCCUGGUCGUCCUCACGAGGUAUGGGGGAGAACCUUCAGGAGGAGUCAGCCCCCGUAACCUCGCGGGCUCCGGAGGCUCCGGCGUCUGGCUCGGCUGCUGAAGCCUCCAGGCCGCAGGAGCCCCCAGUCCUCCAGGCGGUGGUGACAAUACCUUCUCCUCCGCCUCCUACUGCGCCGCUGAUCCCAAGUCCUUCUGCCUCCCAUGACGUUUUGGAGCGCGCCCUUCUGGAGAUGACCCGGCUGCGAGAAGAUCUUCAAGGCGCCGAUCCCCUCCUGGAGGCCGGGCAUCUUGAGGUGGUUUCUGGCUGGCUCCGUUCCGAUGUGUCUGUUCAGGCGGCGCUGAGCCAGGCCGUGGCAACCUCUGAGAAGGAGAAGCAGGCCGCCGCCCAGGCAGCGGCCACUCGCGAGGUGGCGCUCAAGGACGCCGAGGCCGCCAAGAGUCGCUGCCAAGCGCUGGAGACCGAGCUGAAGACCCUGCGCAACGAGCGCGCAGAGGAAGCUCAUGGCCGUCGGGCAGAGGAGGAGAAGAUGAAGGCCCGGGAGGACGCCGUCAAGGGUUGCGACGCCGAGCUAGACCAGUCGGCAAAGGCGCAGGCCGUUGAGCGCGGCCGACUGGAGGAGCUUGAACGGAAGGUGACGGCAGAGCAAGCCGAACUUGACGCGAAGGCGAAGGUUCUGGCCGAGGACCACGAGGCCUUCGCGCUCCUUGAGGAGAGGUCUCGCGUGGCGCUGAAUACGCUCUAUGAGAAGGUUGCGCUGACGCGUGUCUUCAACCACCUCCACCUUCUCGACCCCAGCGCUCGUCUUGACGAGCUGCUGGAGCCUGUGGCUGACGAACACUGCACAGCCGCCACUGCAGCUGUGAAAGGUCAGGUGGAGGCCCUGCUGAAGAAGUUUCGCGGCUUCGCUUCCGCGCCUUCGACCGGAGGCGCCGCCACUCCUGCAGCUCCGGCUGGUGGCCAAGACGAAGGCGACAUCAUCAAGGGAGGAGCGCCUCUCGCGGGCGUCGGUGGUGUUCAGGGAUGA